UCAAUGGAUUAGUGAACAUUACUACUACUACUAAUAAUACUAAUAUUACAUUAUCUGCUACUAAUCCUGAUCCUUGUAUCAUAAAUAUAGUAUCAGUUUCCCCUAUUAAUGAUGUUGGAAUAGGUUUAUCUAAUGAUAUCAGUUUCUAUUAUGAAAAAGUUCCUCUUAUUACUCCUAAUGUGUCAGUGGUGCCAUUAAUUGAUGGACAACAAAUAUUACUAAGUAUCAGUAUUAAUGUCAGUGCAUUAUGUAAAGCUGAAUAUCCUAAUAAUAUAACAGUUAAUAUACUAAAUACCAAUAAUGCAGUAAUAAGCAAUGCCAGUAUAACACCACAAGUCAAUGAUCAUGAACUGAUAACUGGAAGUACUUUGGUAACUAAUUUAAAUAUGUUUAUUGUUAAUGUAUCAUUGAGCAAUAAUGGAGGAACAUUUAAUAACAUGUCAUCUUUUGGAUUUAGUUUUUUUGGACCAGUUACUAGCAUUGCAUCUUCAACAGAAAACUGUUCUACUAUUAGUAUAACAUGGACUGCUCCUACAAUUGAUGAUGGAGUACCUAUACAGUAUUACAUACUAAGAAUAUAUGAUACUAUUGCUGGCAGUCUAGUGGAUACUGUAUCAGUAUAUGAUACCAGUUAUCAGUUUGUGGAUACUAAUUUAUUUAUUAUUCGCUAUACAUAUGUCAUAACUGGAGUUAACGAAUUAAGAGAAGGAAUAUCUAAUAAUGAUACAUUCUCAUAUCAAAAAGUACCUAGAGCUGUUGAGAACACAUCACUUGAUGUAUUAUCUUAUACACAAGGCCGGGUUAUUGUCCAAUUCUAUAUCCCAAUUAUAUUGGAAUGUAUCGGUGAAGCUCCUGAAGAUGUUACAAUUACUGUAAUAUGUAAUGGAAUUGAUAGCAUUACAACUAAUAAAAUAAAAAAUUAUAUGAAUAUAACAGAACUGAUAUCAGUUCCUCAAUAUCAACAGUGUAAUUUCAGUAUUGUAUUUACUAAUGAAGCUGGUAGUAGUAAACCACUUAUACUAGAAUUUGAUACUUACCCUACAACUGCAUUCCCUACAACCAGCUUACCUAUCGCUCUUUAUAUCAUUAUUUCUGUUACAGCAUCACUAAAUGGUGUUUUAAUAAUAAUAAUGAUUAUCAUUAUUAUUACAUACAAGGGAUGUCUUAGAAAACGAAAGCAAAGAUAUUUUUUAUACGACAACUACCAAAUGUAGUGAAGCAUAUCUGUAAUUUAGAAAACAGGACAGAAACAUGACGUUAAAAAUUUUAUAAUAUUUGUUUGAUUAUAAUUAUCUUUAGUAAAAAAUGAGUAUAAUAGUUUGUCAUAA